CCCCCGCCAACCCCUCCAUUUUCCCAUUUUCCCUGGCAAAUCCCCAUCCCCAAAUCCUCGCCAACCAGCCAAGGUUGCAACAAGAAAAAGAUGGCGGGGAGCGACAUAUGUAAGUGGCUCGUUCGACCUGCAGCUUUUAUUCCCUCUUCCUACUCUUCUACUUCUUCUUCUAUCUUUCCUGUACUACCUUCACUUAUCUAUUCUCUUCAUAAAUCUAUCGCUCGAGAUAUUUUAUACACUGUCUCUCAUUGCUGUCGCAUCGUGAAGUUGUCUUAUCAGUAACUCAACACUACUGCGAGGCUGCGAAGUGAGAAUACCGGUUUGAGAGUCUAUCGACGCAACAACGAGUACAAUACAAACUCGACACCACAAAUAGACUGAAGGCUUCAUUCGUCCUUUUCAGUAUACCUAGGCGGUGAGCCAAGCGCGACAAGAAGGCGCCUGAUCCGUCGUCGCAAACACCUGCACUGCGACCUCGACAACAUCACUUCCGAUCAUUCCGAUCACCAACACACCACCCUCUUUCACAUCUACAAACCACUCACAAUGCUCUUCGGACUCUUCUUCGCCUUCUGGCGCUUCUCCCAGAUCUUCACCCUCAUCCCAGCAGUAGGCAUGCUAUCCUGGUUCAUCCACCUCUACGUAACCGCCAACGCCCUCACCCCCGACGCCAUCCUCGUCCUCUUCAUCGUCGUGGUCCUCGCCGUCGUCUGGGCCAUCGGCACGCUCUUCACCUACCACCGCUCCAAGAACAACGCCCGCUUCGUCGCGCUCGUCGACCUCGCCUUCGUCGGCGCCUUCAUCGGGGGGAUCUACACCCUCCGCGGCAUCUCCGGGGAUAACUGUACCGGGCUGACCUCGACGACUUCGUAUACGGCGAGCUUUGCGCUCCUGGGGAGCGUGAGGUUUGGGGGGUAUGGGAUUCCGUUGAGUAAGACGUGUGCGAUGCUUAAGGCGAGCUGGGCGCUGUCGAUUAUGAAUUGUUUGUUCUUUUUCUUUACGAGUAUGUUGGCGUUUAUGCAUGGGGGGCAUAAGGAGGAGGUGGUGGUGGUGAAGAGGGAGAGCCAUGGGAGCAGGCAUGGGCAUAGGUCGAGGAGGGGAAGCAGGGGUAGCAGGGGCAGCAGGAGGAGUGGGGAGGGAAGCAGGGCUUAUGUUUAA